AUGCCUUCUGAAAUUCUACUAGAAGAAGCCGAAAAUAUCAUGGCAGCAGCAAACCAACAGCUGGCACAGAACACUGCUGAUCCGGGGUUCGAAAGGUGGAAACUCAGCAUUGAAAAGGAUCGGCUCCAACGACAACAACAUCAGCAACAUCAACAGCAAUUGUUGGCACAGCAAGUUGGAAGGUUUGUUGGAUACUUUCCUUCAUACACCGAUAUGGGAAUCCAAUCGCAAAACUGCAAUGGCAGCAUCAAAGCUGCCAAGAAAAGAGGCACCAAGAUCAAGCGCCCAAAGCAGCAACUUUCUCGAAGGCAAGUUGGAGGGAGCCUUCCUUUUCUUCCUACAUUCCAUUGCAGACGAUGCCAUAUCAAGAAAUUUCUUGGACCAGAGGCAUUAGCAAAAUAUAAGGCAGGCCACCAUGAUCUCUGUGAGGGGAGGACAAAGAGAAAAACAACGCCGCAAUCCAACACUAUGUUGGACUAUACAACAAAUGUUCAUCGUGAAAAUGCUGCACCUCAGAGGAAAAAGAAAGAGCCACCAAUCAACAUUAUUGCUGGAAGUGUGGGCUACAAUACACAGCAACUUAAUUCAAUGGGUAUUGACAGCGACUUUGUAACGGAUAUGAAGCAGAGCAUUGAUGAAAGAAUGGAUGAGUUGGAGCGCAACAAAAAGCCAUCUUGGGCCUUGGGUCGACAAGCACCACCAAGAGUGAUUCUUGCAACUGAUCUAAUUAUUUCUCAGUUUGAGCACCGGCGCCCCCAGUCUGCUGACUCUGUCCUUCCGCAAACUAAAGCUUUUCGUACUGCAAUGACAGCAUACAAUGCAUACUUUCCGCUUGGGAGCACAUCCUUUAUAUUUCCGCAAGACACAAGCUACAGUCCAAGCCCAACCUAUCAUUGCCUUUCAGGGGACGAAAUCCUACAUGUUGACUGGCAGCUUGCUUUUCCAAACCUCCGUUUGCCAUGUCCAAAGUGCUCCCGCGGUUCUUUGGUCCAUACUCAAAGGAAUUUCAAAAAGAAUCCAGGAAGUCUAUUUCCAAUUUGGAGACAUGAUGGUGCCAUCACAUGGGCGGUUAUCAUGAAAUAUAUAUGUCUUUCUUGCAAGGAGCUAGUUGAUGCAAACGAAGGUCGACUGCUACAAAUGCUGCCAGCUCAUGUUGCUACAGCCUACCCUGUUCCACCAAGGUAUGCCACAAGUGAAGGCGGAUUUCACCUCCACAAAAAUGGAAUUGCUUUUUUUGAGCACAUCCUCAAGACCUAUGCAAAUGGCGAGCAGUGCAGUCUUUUCCUGGUUCGUGCUAUGGCAAAUAGAUAUCUGGAAAAGGCGAGAACUUAUUUGAGCCAGAAGCCAAGCCAACCUUUUCCAGACUUCUACAGUUACAUGAAUAACAAGUGGCCGCCUAAUGGCGACAAUAUUCGGCGGCUCUACCAACAGGCAGAAUAUUCUUCACUGCAACCCUACAGUUAUUCUAAUGUCUUACGCUACACUCAAGAGAUUCGGUCUGUUAGAUUUGAACGCGGUGAUACAGCAGCUUUUGAUCACACCUUUGCCGCGACAAGGGCAUAUAGAGACAAAAAAACGAUUGGCAUGAAGUGUUUUGCAGAUUUCAACAAUGGAAGAACUGGUGAAAUUGGUGGGAUCUACGCUGUUCCAACGACAAAGUUGAGUGAUGUAUCCCAUGGAUUGACACAAGCAGCGCCUCGACUGAAGAAUGUAUCGGUACUGACAACCGACACAAUACCGCAUGGAGUUCAAUUUUGGGAUGCAACUCUUGGGAAGGGAGUCAAGUGCCGCCUUGGGCUGUUUCACUUUCUGGGCCGUAUGGUUGACACCCUUGAUUCAAAGAGUGAACAUUUCUGGCCUUGUCUUGUUCAGUUGAAAGAUUGUAUUUACAACUACAACAAAGAUGAUUGGGCAGCACUUGUUGGGGCAGUGACCAAUGGUUUGCUUGGAGAAAAGUUGUCAGUGGAUGAGCUAACUGACAUGCGUUUUUCCAAGGUGUUCAAGCAACGGUAUGACAAGUGGUUAAGAAAGGAGUUCCAUUUGGCAGAAAAGAUCAUUGAAAAUUUGAAAGACUGGCUGAAAGCAUGGAUUGAUGUCAGUGACGAUAGCGAUCGAAAGGUCUUCACCUACAAGACAGAGGACACAACCAGAGAACAGUUUUUAAAGGUUCCAUACGUAUUGGAUCAUGAAGGUGCAGCCACUUACCGGGGAGUGAAGUCAAGUGCGGAGCAUGGGCUGACCGAAUGGAGAAGCUCAAGAGCUGAGUCAAGCUUGGAGAAGUUUCAUGAAUUAUUGGCCCAUUUUGCAAAUAUUGGUUGCAAAUCGGAGUUUGCAAAUGCUCUCAUUGCCCGAGGUACGGCUGAGCACAAUGUCAGUGCGAGGUGGAGAUAUGACUGCAUGGUGCAACGCCAAAAAGGUUCUAAUUUACAGCAUCCAGAAUACAUGGACCGAACGCCCAUUUUCAUGGACCAUUCCCUACUAGAUCAUUUGAAUCAACAAUCUACAUCGCUUGGUUUUGGUGCCUUGUUCAAAGAGUGCCGAGUUCCAGAGGUUGGAAAUGAGAAGGAAGUUUUCUUUUCCGAUUACUGCACCGACCAGAUGGAAAGAAACAAACAGGAGGGAGUUGUUGCUUCAACUAAGGUUUGUCUUUGCGAUGACUGCAAGGACAAGUACGAAUCGCCUCAAACAACAAGUGUUGCCAGGAGGAGGAGUGGUAUUGCCCGAGUGGUCGAUCGUUCAGCUGCACAGCCUUUACCCCAGCAGACUAUGCAACAACAAGCAGCAGAUCGCAGUGCAUUCCUGCAAUGCCAAGCCAUUGCACCCCCUAUGCUUCCAACCAAUCCAACUUUCAACCCUGUUCAUGCUGCAACGGCCAGUGGUUUUUUGACUCCAAAUCAAUUUGCCUUGACUCCAAAUCCAUUUGCCUUUUUCACAAAUCAAUCUGCACAAUAUAACCGGACUGUUUGCAAGUCCAGAUGCUUUCCGAAUUACCCUUUCAAUUGCACAAGAUUUGCAGGGUACCUUGAGCGAUCCAAGUCCGGUUCAGUGUUCGGUAGACCACCUCACGAUCAAUGGUGCCCAAAGGGGCAGGGUUACAAGUAUUGGGAGAAUUAA